ACGAGUCCGCACUCCACCCCCCGCGGCACACACCAGAUUGAGAGAGAGAAAAAAAGGCCGAGACAGAUCCAAUCCAAGCGCCGAUCUCCGCCGCGGUUUAACACUCUCGCCUCUCUCCUCCUCCUGAUCGCGUCGUCCUCGUCUCCGGCGAGGCGUCGGCGGCGAGCUGCUCCCCGAUCCGCCUCUUCCUGCCGUCUCCGUGAACCGGAUCGGGACGCAGUUGGGGGGCAAUGGCGGCGGAGGCGGCGGCGAGUAGCGGCGGCGGGGUGGAGGUGCGGGAGGCGGAAUUGGCGGUGGAGGAGGCACCGGCCGCGACCUCGGAGGGGCGCGUGGGCGAGGCGGUGAGCGACCCAUUCGUGGUUGCGGGCGGCGAUCUCUCUGGGGAGGCCUCGAAUCUGGAGGCCAAGCCAGAUCCGGCUGUCCUCGGGGAGGGCGGGGAGGCGGUGGAGUCCAAUGCAGCACCGGGUUGUGCCGAGACUGUUCAUGAGGAGGAUGGUGUAGAUGGUGGAUGUGAGGCUGGGGCGGUGGAGGAGGAGGAUGCUCCCAUGGCGAUCGGGCAUGUGCUCACCGAGGCUCCCGUGGCGAACGGGCAUGUGCACUCUGAGGCGGCGCCUGCUACUGAGACAGCUGAGAUCGCUGGAUCGGUUGAGGAUGGGAUGAAUGGUAGGAUAGCGGAUGAGCAUGAUCAUCCUGAUACGAGUAUUGCGGAAUCCAAGGGUUGUGUGGUAGAGGAGUCCAAGGGUUGUGUGGUAGAGGAGGUUAACGGUAAAGAGGCUGCCCCUGAGAUCGCUGAUAGUUCUGUAUUGGUAGAAGAAGGCGUGGAUGGCUGGGAGCUGGAGGGGGUGGAUGAUAGGAUAGCUGGUGAGCAUGAUCACACCUAUACGAGUACCGUAGAAUCCGAAGUUCAUGAUGACAGUUUGAUUAAACAAGUGGAUGCGGAUGCAACUGGGUUGAUGGAGCAGGAGGCCAUCAGUAGUGAACAGGAUGGUUCAGAUGUUCCAAUAGAAAAUGGGCACACUCAUGUAGGCGUAAGUGCUGAUUGUGGUGAAGGUGCAAAGUCUGAUGUUCAAGUUGAUCAAAGCAACGUUGAAGAAGCUAAUGCCAAUUCUGCGAAACCAGUGGAGGAGGUAGCUGCUCUAAUUCAGGAUGGUUUAGGUGGUCCCGUGUCCAAUGGGCAUGGUCACGUAGAUGCAAGUGGUCAUGGUUAUGUGACUGGUGCGGAUUUAGAUGUUAAGGGCAGCAAUAGCAAAGGGGAAGACACUGAAACAUUUGAGGAGCUGGUUACAGCUACUGUAGAUUAUGACCGGUCAGAUAUUGCUAUGGCUAAUGGACAUGAUCAAGUGGAGAGGAGUUUUGAUUCUGGUGAAGUUGAGACCAAGUCUGAGGUAUGUGAUAGCAAGGAAAAAUCCGGAGAAUGUGCUACUGAUGCCAUGGAACUUGUCAAGCAGGAAGCAACCACUGGAGAACAGGGCACAGAAGCUGUAUCUGUGGUCAAUGGAUGUGAUCAUCCAAACACAAAUGCUGAUUCUGAUGAAGCUCCUAUGCAGAUUUUGGUUACCUCCAAGGAAAGUGGCAUAGUACAAAGUGUUGUGGAGGUCGUGGAAAGUGUGCAUCUUGAAGGAACCCUUAAGAUUGAUCAACAAAUAGAGGGGGAUCAAAAGGUAGCUAACAAGAAGGUCACUGAAGAAGAGAUCCUUACUAAUGGGUAUGAGCAGGGGGAUGCAAAGGUGGCUAACAAGGAGGUUCCUGAAGAAGAGAUCCUUACUAAUGGGCAUGAGCAUGUGGAAGAGAGUGCCGGAAUUACUUCAGUGUUGGAACCUUUGGUUGGCGAUGGACAGCAGGAUUUCAUAGCUGUUAAUCUGUUGGAGAAUAGAGCUGAUGACAACAGGGAAGACGCCUUGGAAGACGCAUUUACGUCUGGGAUAGAUGAGGCUGCCAUUACGUCUGGGGUAGAUGAGGCUGCCAUGGAAGCAGAUGCUUCGACUGUAGAGAAAAAUGAUGACACUGCCAUUGACGGUACUGAGACAAAAGAAAAACAUGAGAAGACAAACGAUGAUAUUCUACAAGGUCUUGAUUUGUCCAAGGAUAACGUUGAGUGUGGUGUCAAUGGGGAUGAGGUCAGCACUUUUCAACCCGUAGAAUCGAUAUCGUGUUCAACUGUUGAAAUUGAGAGAGAGGAGAUCAGUGAUCAACAACAAACAUCUGCUUCCUUACAAGACGCUGAGCAGGCGCUCUCAGCUACAAAUGGCAAUCAUCUAUCUGAUAAAAGUGAACUGAAGCAAGAGUCUGAUAUGGAGGACAUUGAUGGUGCUAAUCUUUGUGCUGAUCCUGGAGUGGUUCCUGCUUUACAUGGUGAGACAACAUCCUCAGAUUUGGCUGAUAAUGAUGGGGCUGAAGUUGAAAAUUCAACUCCUGCUUGUGAUUUGGGAGCUUCAAGUGGUGCACCCACAGGAGAUAAUGAUUCUAAAGAAAACUCUGCUGCUGCUGUUGCUCAAGUUGAAGAAGAUGUCCCUUCGCAAGAUGAUGCUCAAGUUGAAGAAGAUGUCCCUUCGCAAGAUGAUGACAAUUGCCCUGCUGAUGGGGCACCUGGUGAGAUUUGCUCUGAAAAUGCAAAUGCAUUCACUACAUCUUCUUGUGUGGCUGAAACGGAAUAUGUGCAAGAUAUAGCAUCUACAACUGUUGACAUAAUUCAUGAUAAGCACAAUGAUGAUGAUGAAAACAUAAACACAGAUAUAACUGGAAACCAUAGUGAGCCGAAAUUAGAAACCAAUGUCGAUAAUGAAGACAGAGGAGAUAUACAAGUUAUUAAACCAUAUCCGGUUUAUCUGAUGAAAGUUCCAAGAUUUAUGAGUGAAUCUCAUUGGGAAAAGAUACAAGAUGCCCAAAUUUGUCUGGAUGAGUUGACACAAAAGCGAGAUGCAAUUAAUGUUCUGAGGCAAAAGAAGAAGGCUUUGUGUGAUGACUACCGAGAGAAACUGGAAGCUGCACGUCAAGAAGAAAGAGGAGCUAGAACUGCACAUGGUGAUAAAAGAAAUGAUUUAAAUAGUGUGCAAUCAAUGAUCGGAAGGAUGAACAGAGCAAAUUCAAUUCAAGAAAUUGAUGACAUGAUUGCAAUGAAGGAAAAGAUCAUAGCACAUGAAUCUAUUUCUUUGAAAGAAGAGAAACGUCUUCUUCAAGAUAUCAAAGAACUAAAAGCUCAAAAGAAGCAGCUGUCUUCCAAUAUGGGCUCAAAAGCAGAAAUGGGUGAAGCAUUCGAACAGAAAGAGCAUAUUCAUGAGCAGCAAAAGAUUCUGAAGAAGGACUCUGAUGUACUUCUGACUAAUUUGAAGUCCCUGGAGGAUAAAACAAGAUUUAUUAAGAAAGCUUUUGAUGAUGAAAGAGAUGCUCUUAGAAAAUUAACUGAAGAACACCAAGCUGCUCAUGAAGUACGUCAAAAGGCCUAUGAUGAGUGGUUUGAGCUGAAAAAGGAACCGGGCAGGAAGAACAAGUUCUUUUUCAUGUACAGGAAGGAUAGUAGAGCUGCAAAAGAGUAUGUAGACAAUGGUGACAUGAAAGGACUUGUGUUAUUUUGCAACAAUCAGGUAGAAAGUUUCAUGGUGUUGUGGAACAAGGAUGAUGAUUUUCGCAGGCAGUAUGUUGAAUCAAACAAGAAUAGCACGCUGCGAAGACUAGGGACCUCAGAUGGAAGAAAACUUGGCCCUGAUGAGGUUCCUCCAGAAAUUCCAAGAUAUUCCAACAGAAUGCAGAGCAAUCCACCUCUCCUGCCUGUUCCAAGCACACAUGCGUCCGCUUCAGCUUCAGAAGCAACACCCGCAAAGCCUGCUUCACCAGUAACAGUUGUAGAAGAGAAAACAUUUCCAGUUUUGCAAAGUUCCCAGAGCAGCAAGCCUUCUAAGCCUAAAGUUGUUGGUAACUCUUCCAGUAAAGACACACCUGGAGCUCCAAUUCCUGAAAGAGAAGAUGUAGAAAAAUCUGAAAAGGAAAAGAAGCGUAGGACGGAACAGGAGUUGGAGUUGUCACGGCAGGCGGCAGAGUUGGCUAUCAGGGAGGAGGAAUUAAGACAGGAGAAAGCUGCAGCUGAAAAGGAACGUCUCCGAUUGGAGCAAAAGGCAAAAGCUAAGGAAGCUGAAGAGAGGAAGAGGCGGAAAGCAGAAAAGGCCCUGGAAAGAGCUGAAUUCAGAGCAAAGAAGGAAGCGGAACUAAUGGAAAAGAGGAGAGCAAAAAGGGAUAGAACAAGAGGAUCAACAUCUGCAGACUCCGGAAGUGGUAGUGGUGAGGCCAAUGCGGAAGCUACAGUGACUAAUGAUGCUGAUUCUAGCACCAUAGAGAACAGUCGAGGAGUAGAUCUUUCUCAACAUAGAGCUCUGAAGAAGAGGCCCCCUACACUUAAGCAGCUGAAUAAGAUGGAGCCGAUGCCAUUGCCACUGCGUAACAAGGGCAGAAGGAAGAUGCGUCAAUACAUUAUGGUGGCUGUGGCUGCAGUGAUCUCGGUGCUUGCUUUGGUUGUGGCAAGCAAAUAUGUACCCUCCAAUUUUAGGGCAUCAUCGUCCUAAAUAUGGGUAAACAUGAUGACCGCUCUUUUUGCAAUUAAUCGAUGGGUUGGGGGGGGGGGGGUAUAUUGACAGAUAGCAGAGGGUAAUUCGUUUGAGUAAUACCCGGUUCUUAGUAUAGGCGCUGCUUGCUUGAUUGGAUUGUUGGUGUCAGCAUAAGUAUUUAUUCUCCUAUAUAGAUUUCAUACCGGAAGAACAUCGUGUUUACCUACAGUAUGGGAUGUUUGGUGGAAUAUUCGUUAUUAUUAUAGUACAAGUACAAUAAUGGUAAAAGAAAGAUUUUACAGAUGUGUUUUA